UGCUCCAGUUGAAGGCUCGCUGCGAGCCAUUCAAAAGCAAUUUUUUCUUUCAACCCCAUCCACCUCCGGACUCCGGUUGCGUUGCGCCAUGGCGCUGCAGCUUCAGGCCGCCACUCCGCAUCCCCCUCUUCCUCUCCGCUCCUCACGCCGCCGCUUCGCUGCUCCGCCGUCGCCUCUCGUUCUCCGCGCCGUAGCUUCCUCCCGCGAUGGCCCCUCCACGCGCCUCUCCUCUCCUGCGCCCGCGCCGCCUCGCCGCCGGCGGCGUGCGAGCGUGAGGGCCCGCGCCGGCGCGGGCAGAGGCGGCCGGGGGGAGUCCCCGUACGACGUGCUCGGCGUGCCUCCGUCGGCGCCGCCCGAAGAGAUCAAGCGCGCGUACCGGCGGCUUGCUCUCAAGUUCCACCCGGACGUCAACAAGGAGCCCAACGCGCAAGAGAAAUUUCUGCGGAUCAAGCAUGCGUACAACACGCUCAUGAAUUCAGAGAGCCGGUCCAAGUACGCGAGCACUAGCAGCAACACAUAUUAUUCGUCCAGGACAUACGGGAAGAGCAGCACUACUUCAGCUGAUGAAGAAGAGCCAUUCUAUGGCUUUGGGGAUUUCCUUAGAGAUCUUCAAGCAGAAUUUCAGAACUGGGAAGCCGGUCUGAAUUCAGAACAGAAACCUAAAAGCUUGUGGGAAGAGUUGGCAGCCAUUGGUGAAGAAUUUGUUGAGUUUCUGGAGAACGAACUCAAGAUCGAUGACUCAAGUGAUGCGGAAGACAAUGCAAAUGAUCCGUACACACAGUCUGGAGGCAAAAACAAGCAAGAUGUUAAUACAUCGACAAGUAGCUUUGAUGAUAGCGUAUCUGAGAUAGAGGCUGCUUUGGAGAAGCUGAAGAAGGAACUUGGGCUCAGCUGAGCCAUUUGAUACCGAUAGCAUAGCAUAUCAUACUGCUGCAACUAUAGGUCUAUAGCCAUCUGCAACUGACUUGGUGUUCUUACGAAGUUAUUUCUUAUACUCAAAUGUUCUUGGAUGCAUGAUACCUAUAGCCAUCGCAACCUGCUUGGUUGUCUGUGUGCAGGUAUUUGAUGUACCCAUUCUUGUCUUCAGAAGGUGAUGGUAGCUCAGAUAUUGUUAGUUUAGGUGAUACAGCUCACAAGUUCAGGGCAUCCAGCCUCUUUAUAAGAUGUUUGUGGUGUCUUGGGUGUGUUCUGCACUUGUGAAAUUUUUGGGAGUAAAAGAUGAUAUCCUGUUACACAGUGUAUGUUGUCAUUUCGUGCGGCCAAAAUGGGUUUAAUUUUGACA